AUGGACUCUCCGUCGGGCGCCUCGCUGGCGCCCCCGGCCGUCGCCUCUCUGAGAGCACAACAAGCCACUGCUAUGGAGAGAUCUUUGAGCCAGGACAUCCGGGAAGAACGCGAGGAGCUCCGUGAAGCCGCCGAGCAGACCCUAAACACCAUCGUCGACCUCAAUCUCGAUGGCACCAUCAAAUGGGUCAGUCCGUCAUGGACCGACGUUGUGGGGACACAGUUCGAGACUGUUAACGGCCUCCCCAUCUCCGACUUGAUAGUCAGCGACAACAAGAACGUCUUCACCGAGGUUGUCGAGUCUAUGAAGAAGGAUGAUUCUCGAAGCCACCGAGUCCGUUUUGCCGUUCAGCUUGGACCCCUCUCCAAGUUGCUCACAAUCGACGACCUCCAAGAUGACCCCGAGAACCAGCAACCACAAAUUGUCGACCUUGAAGCCCAGGGAAUCAUGGUUUACGACAGUGUUUCGGGUGGUGAGAGCCACAUUAUGUGGAUGCUGCGUCCUUGGAUCGCUCCUCGAGAGAUCAAGAUUGACCUUCCCAAUGUCAUUGUCAACUCGCUAGGCUCUGGGGCUGAGGUUUUGGCAAGCUAUCUGACUCAGCUUGCUGAGAGUGGCCUUGAUGAGCCCGAGCAACAAGACCCCCCACCCCCGGUCCUCUGCCGCAUUUGCGAGCGUCAGAUUCCCCGCUGGUGGUUUGAGAAGCAUACCGAUCUCUGUCUACAGGAGCAUCGAGCUGAGAUGGAUGUACAGAUGGCCCAGGAGAAUUUGACUGAGCAUCGACACUCUAUCGUUAAAGUCCUCGACGCCUUGGAGGCUCGCAAGAGUCGAUCAUUGGCUGGUGACCAAUCCUCGCUCCCCAUUGCCGAGUACAAGGGCCUGCCUAUCGGGCCACCGCCUUCAACACAAUCGUCACCUGGCAGCUCCUUGCCUCGAUCAAGGGAGCGUUCUGGUGGACUCGGGCAUACUAGGGCACGCUCGUUCGCCGUCCGCCGACCCCAGGCCCGAAUUGUCGAGCUCCUCAUGGAUCUCUGCGAUACUGCCAUUGAGAUCAGCACUCCUGCCAUCAAGGAGUCUUCGACACAGCACAACAACGGCGAGUUCCGGACCCAGUCGCCGCAGUCCGAAUCACGAAUAUCACAGGUUCUACAAUGGCAAUCACCAAGUACAAACACGUUGGAGCAGGAGCAGGGCCUGGCUCUUCUGUGUGCUGAUACGGAAAAGGUCGCUCGAAACAAGGUCGAUGCCGUCUUUCGCCACAGGAAGAUCAUCGAAUAUGCCGAGCGUAUUCGAAUUGAGCUGGCGUGUCUCGUCCAGGACUGCAUUGACGAAGCAUUGAGGAAGGCAGCUCGUAUUGCCGCUGGUGACCUGACAGAUUCCACAGAGGAGGGAGAAGAACUGGGCCCAGAAGAGUACGACCAAUGCGAAGUGUGUGAUGAAGACGUCGUCGAGAACGACGAGGAGAUUUUACCCGAGACUCUACCUCCUCAGUCUAACCCUCCCCAGUCUGUUGCAUCCGAGCCUCGCGAGAAUGAGAACUUUGCCGAGCCGUUGAAUAGCCCGUCUGCACUGGCUACAGCCCUCCGUCAGAUGGACAUCUCCGACAGGAAGAAUCGUUCGCGGCCGACUUCGUUCGUUGCGUCCACCAGAUCCAGCAGCCCGAAGGAGUGCCCUACCCCAAGGUCCCAUCUCGGUGGCUUAAGCAACCUAGGGGCUCAGGCGCGAGACACACGCAGAGACUCUCUUUACUUAGAGGGCGAACUUGUCGAUAGCGAAGGGAGUUUCCGAUCGUCAUCGGUUGCAUCUCGUAACGCCCCCAGGACCGAGUCCCCCAUCUCCGAGUUUGGGGACCUUCGGCGUGCUGCAAGCACACGGAGACGUCACCGGAGAAGUCUCAUUCUACCUGGCACUUCGUCCCCUCACCGCCAGGAAUCCCCCUCCAGACCAGCUCAGCCAUCUUCCCCCUUGCGGAUCAAGGCCCGGGGAUUCCCCACGUCUCAAGAAGGAAUGGUAUCCCCAGAGGCUUCACCCAUGCUUCCUGGAAGCGAUUUCAGCUCCCCUGCCACGCACCCUCAUAGACAUCACAGAAGACAGUCUUCAGCAGCCAUAUCUGACUUUGUCAUGAAGCCACCACCUUCACCCCGUUUGGGCGCCGGUGCUCCUCCCCAGCCUCGUCCAACGCAGCCCUCAAUCAAGGACUUUGAGAUUAUCAAGCCCAUCAGCAAGGGCGCUUUCGGCAGCGUCUACCUCUCCAAGAAGAAGUCUACAGGAGAGUACUUUGCAAUCAAGGUUCUCAAGAAGGCCGACAUGGUUGCCAAGAACCAGGUCGGCAACGUCAAAGCCGAGCGUGCCAUCAUGAUGUGGCAAGGAGAGAGUGACUUUGUUGCCAAGCUCUACUGGACAUUCUCAAGCAAGGACUAUCUCUAUCUUGUGAUGGAAUAUCUGAACGGCGGCGACUGCGCCUCGCUCAUCAAAGUUCUUGGCGGGCUCCCUGAAGAAUGGGUGAAGAAAUAUCUUGGCGAGGUGGUCUUGGGUGUCGAGCACCUCCAUAGUCGCGGCAUUAUUCAUCGUGACUUGAAGCCUGAUAACCUCCUCAUUGACCAGAAGGGCCACCUCAAGCUCACAGACUUUGGCCUUUCUCGUAUGGGUUUGGUUGGCCGACAGAAGCGGGCGUUGAAUAGUGAGAACUCAGACGGAACACCAGACUUGCUGAAGCAAGGGCCCUUUGCUCGAUCUACGUCUAUCGCAUCCUCGAGAUCUACUUCUCUUGACUUGCAUGGGCCUGCUCAUUCGCCCAGCGCAACACCCCAGAUGACCCCAGAGGUUGGCAGUUUGGGGCAGCCGUCCUAUUUCAACCUCACCCAGGAGCCACGUCGAGUGUCGGGCACCCAUCGAAGUGACAGUGGCGGCAGCGAGACACUCGCACACAUGGUUACCAACUUCUCCUUAAACGAUCCCGAGACCGCCUCUCAGCCCAACAGCAUAAAAUCGCCUCUAGAUGAGGAAGUCAUUGCCCAAGGAUCACCGGAUUUGCCACCGACCGUAAAUGCGAGAAUCAGCAUGGACAGCCAUACCAGGAAUUCCCUUCCACCAUCCAACAUGAUGCCCCCUCCAAUGGCCUUGUUUAACCCCGAAGAUACCAACCGACGCUUCGUGGGUACGCCAGACUACCUGGCCCCCGAAACCAUCAAAGGUGACAAGCAGGACGAAACUAGUGAUUGGUGGUCUGUUGGUUGUAUUCUCUUUGAGUUUCUCUACGGUUUCCCCCCCUUCCAUGCUAGCGAGGCUGAGGAAGUCUUUGAGAACAUCCUGGCGCGAAAGAUUCAAUGGCCAGACGAGGAUGAGUGCGAGCUGGUGUCUGAGGAGGCCAAGGAUCUUAUCAACAAGCUGUUGUGUAUGGAACCCCACCAGCGGUUGGGCUCUAAUCGCGAGGACAAGUUUCAGUCUGGCGGCGAAGAAAUCCGGAAGCAUCCCUGGUUCGAUGAAGUGAACUGGGACACGCUCCUUGAGGAUGAGGCUCAGUUUGUGCCUCAGCCAGAAAACCCUGAGGAUACGGAGUACUUUGAUGCCAGAGGCGCAGUCUUGCAGUCUUUUGCGGAGGAGAUGGAGGACCAGACAUCACCACCAUCUUCAACUGCCGGCUCCGAGUAUGCUGAGCGCCCUCAUGACGCAUUGUCACGAGUUCGGUCGCAGGUCAACUCGAUCAGUCGGAAACUCAUGCCGCUGCACAUCCCUCCUCAUGUACGCGACCUCAAGUCGAGGCGCCUGAGUGAACCAGUAGCGAUGGACGACUUUGGAUCAUUUUCAUUCAAGAAUCUUCCUGUGCUAGAGAAGGCCAACAAGGAUGUCAUCCAGAAGCUGCGAGCCGAAGCUCUCGCCGCGCAGAGCAAGCAGACCUCUGUUAGCCCCGGAGCUGCAAGCAGCGUGAUAUCUCCUGCACCUUCACUCGAAGGCAGCCCCGUGAUGUCGAACCCUAUUUCAAGGACCAUUUCCAAUGCCAAGGCGACAACCCGUGCACAGUCGCCAUCUGGCUUCACAAACGCUUCUCCAAGUCGGGCCUCUCAGCCAUCAUCCCCCUUGCUCGUCUCGUUUGUGGCUGGACAAGGGACGGAUGGGCGACGAAAGGCGUCAAGCAACUCUUCAAGCCUCUCUCACCAAUCGACAGCCGCAUCUCUGCAGGCCAGCUCGGCAUUUGAGAUUCCCAAGGUGCCUCCGAGUUUGCAAAAGGCUGCCACCACGGUUGCAGCAACAACUUCGUCCCCUGCCAAGGGCCGUGGAACGGCGCCGCCUCCCCUAUCCCUAUCGCCCCAGAAGUCCAUCUCAACACCACGACAGUCAAGCAAUUCGUCGGCAGGACGAUCGAGGUCACUUACGGUGGGCUCACAGUCCCAAGACGGCAGUCCCGUUGCGACAGACAUUUUGCAUCAUCAUCGCAACCGCAGAAGCCAGGUGUUCGACAUGUCUCCGUCUUCGUCAGACAAUGAAGGCGAGAAGCACAACGCCCUGCUUAGGGUACAGCGACGCAGACAGAGCUCAAGGCGACUAUCUCAGAUUGCUUUUGACGCUGGACCUACCUUCCGGCCAUUGGAUGUCUUGAUCUGCGAGGAUCAUCCAGUGUCACGUAUGGUCAUGGAGAAGCUACUGGAGAAGCUUCGAUGCCGAACCAUAUCCGUACCAAACGGGUCCGAGGCAGUCCGUUACUCGAUGAGCGAGAUCAAGUUCGACGUGAUCUUCCUCGAGUAUCAGUUGCCACAGAUCAACGGAGCCGACGUAGCACGGAUGAUCCGGGAGACAAAGAAUGCCAAUUCGCACACGCCAAUUGUGGCCAUCACGGCAUAUCUCAAGGAGCUUCAGGCGCCUCACUACUUUGACUCACUGAUCGAGAAGCCCAUCAGCUCAUCGAAGCUGACCGAAGUGCUUCGAGGGUUAUGCCAAUGGCGACCCGAAUCCCCAGGACAAAGUUCAUCUCUGGGCAUGGUCCGACCGGUGCCCAUGGGGAUCAGGAAAGCCAACGCGCGCGUAGAGGACAGCCCAACGUCGGGCUCAUCCAUCUUCGCGGGACGCCUUGGGACAGCGAUGAUGUCGAGCCGUGAAGAUUCGAUCAGCUCUUCCCUGUUUGGCGACUCGGAAUCAGUGACGACAGACGAAGUGCCAGUCGUCAUCAGCCGCAAGGCAACGAACGACUGGGACGAAGGGGGCCUGAACAUCACAACGGAUGGCGACAUGAUUGAGGUAUCGAGGAAGGCAAUGCCCCAACUUCUAGCGCAGCAGUCAGCACCAGCACAAAUGGAGCACCGACCACGAGCUAGCGAUAAGCUUAAGGGAAAGAGGGACGGAUCGGAGCAAAGAGCGCUAGAUGGUACCGAGUCUGCCGAUGAUGAGGACGAGGAACUCGGGAGCGGAAGGGAGAAGUCGCUCGCACGCAACAGCCAGCAGAUCCUGGGCAAGACAAACCUCCCCAGUUCUAAGCUGGGAAUCGAGAUGAUGCGGGCAAAUAGCCACGAUAGCUUGACGAUGGGAUCAGAGAGCACUCCUGAGGCUGUGACACAAGUUGUGACGACGCCAUCCAAGGAGAUGGAGAUGGGACUACUCGACGGUGGAGUGCUUGCGCCAGAAGCGACAGCACAGACACCACCUGAAGGGGGAUCCAAGAAGGAAGGGGAGACAGACGGAAGCGACAAGGACGGGGCUGACAGCGUGGACGCUACACCCCGGCCGUUGACGACGACGCGGGUGGAUGGCAACGGCGGUGAAGACGAUGAGGCGACACCAAGGCCGGCUGGGAGAUGA